AUGCUUUCCUUGAAGCAAGUGGAGCAGAGUUUGGAGAAUGCAGGACAGGCUCACGUCCUGCAGUUCUGGAAGGAGCUCUGUGAGGAGGAGAGGGACCGUUUCCUCACGGAGCUGUCUCAGCUGGACCUAAAAGGACUGAAGGAGCACUGUGAAGGUGCUGCGAGGGCGGCAGCCUCCCCGUCUGCUAGCCUGGAUCAGCACAUAGAGCCAGUCCCUCCGGAGUUCAUCGGCAGCGUGAGGAAAAGUGACAGAAACUCUCUAGCAGAGUGGGAAAAUGAAGGGCUCUUGCAAAUCUCAGAGAAUCGAGUUGGAGUCCUACUCUUGGCUGGAGGUCAGGGGACCCGUCUUGGUGUUAAGUAUCCCAAAGGGAUGUAUAACGUUGGGCUACCAAGUGGCAAAACCUUGUAUCAAAUCCAGGCAGAGCGCAUUCACAAAAUCCAGGAGCUGGCAGGCAGAAAGCAUGGCUCAAAAUGCACCGUUCCAUGGUACAUAAUGACCAGUGAGUUUACUCUGGCUCCCACUGAGAAAUUCUUUGAAGAAAACAACUACUUUGGUCUGGAGCCAUCAAACAUUGUUAUGUUUGAGCAAAGGAUGAUCCCAGCAGUGACCUUUGAUGGAAAGGUCAUCCUGCAGGCUAAAGGGAAGAUAGCCAUGGCCCCAGACGGGAAUGGGGGUCUGUACCAGGCAUUGGUGGACAACAAGGUGCUAGAAGACUUGAAGAAAAGGGGAGUGGAGUACCUGCACGUGUACUGUGUGGACAACAUCCUGGUUAAGAUGGCCGACCCCGUAUUUAUUGGGUUCUGUGUGAGCAAAGGGGCUGACUGUGGAGCCAAGGUGGUGGAGAAGGCGUACCCUGCAGAGCCAGUGGGUGUGGUUUGCAGGGUUCAAGGCGUCUUCCAGGUGGUGGAGUACAGCGAGCUCCAACCAGAGACAGCUGAGCUCCGAGGACCUGGAGGGGAGUUGGUGUACAGUGCUGGAAACAUUUGCAACCACUUCUUUACCAGAGCUUUCCUGCAGGAUAUAGCAGAGAAAUUUGAAAGCCAACUGAAACAACAUGUAGCAAUCAAGAAAGUGCCCUUUGUGGACACAUGUGGCAAUCAGGUCAAACCCACCAAACCAAAUGGCAUAAAGAUGGAGAAAUUUGUUUUUGAUGUCUUUCCAUUCUCAAGGAAAUUUGUUGCGUUUGAGGUUGUGAGGGAGGAUGAGUUUUCCCCCCUGAAAAAUGCAGACGGAGCAGCCACAGACAGCCCGACCACGGCCAGAAAUUCUUUGCUGGCUCAACACUGCCGCUGGGCCAUGGCUGCAAGAGCCACACUGUUGGAUGAACAUGGGAAAACCCUUUCUCCUACAGCCAGUGUUUCAGCAGGGAACGAUCCUCCAGCGCGAUGUGAGAUUUCACCACUGGUCUCCUACUUUGGAGAGGGCCUAGAGCAGCUGCUGAAAGGGAAGACGCUGCCAAACCUCUUCAUACUGGAUGAAAAAACGGCCAAGGAGCUGCAGGCUCAGUAACAAUCGUCUGAUUAAUAGAGUACUGUGCGACGGCACCAGAAAUUCCAGUAUAGAAUGGAGAUGGCAACCCUGGAUAGAUGUGUUUGGGUGGUUUCAGCCUAAGAAUGCACAAUUGUUUAAAUGAAUUUUGAACCGUAUGUGAAGAUAAUCAUAUCAGACUGUCAUUUAAUGCAUCUCAUGCAAUUGUCUCUUUGUUGAAGAAGAACUACAAAUCAUGUGAUCACUUAAUGACAAAAAAGGGACUGGCAAUGAGUUUUGGGAAUUUAUAGACUUUGUUUUACAUGUAACAAAAAAUAUAAUCAAAAUACCUCACUUAGUGUCCUCUCCCAUUCUUUUUAAUAAAUUCAUUCUACUUUA